AUGUCUCUCGCCAACCCUAGCACAGACGCCGCCGUCCUCGCCGCGCAAGAAACCAGCGCCGAGCAGACCUUCCGCACCUUCACAGCAGACACCGCCUGGACUCUCGGUAAUGCCCUGCGAGAGCGAAUUCUCUCUCUCCCCGACGGACAGCGCAAGCCCGCUCUGAUCAACAUUGCGCUCGCCACCGCGACAUCCGGCGGCCUCCCACCACACGUGUUAUUCCAAUCUGCCACAGAGAGCGGCACGAUUUCCGAUAACGAGAACUGGGUGCGUCGUAAGCGGAACACUGUGCUCCGCUGGGGACUGUCCAGUUGGGCGAUGAGACAGAAGACCGUGGGCGGAUUGAGUGCUGGCGCUUCGGCGGACCAGAUUGAGGCUGCGUUCGUGAAGAAGUACGCUGUUGCUAGUGCUAAUGGUGGUGCUGUUGCGGAUGAGUAUGCUAUCCACGGUGGUGGGUAUCCGAUUCGCGUGACUGGCGUUGAGGGUAUCGUUGCUGUUGUUGUUGUCAGUGGCCUGAAGCAGGAGGAUGAUCAUCAGGUUGUGGCGGAGACUAUUAAGGAGAUCGUUGCCAAGCAGAACUAG